UAAUCUCAGACACUUUUGCCGGCUGCAGUAAACGAGGCUCUUCAGCGAAGCUGCAGCAGAACGGGAACAUGAUGCUCCAGUAUCUUCUGCUCUGUGUCCUAGCAACGGGCGCUUUCGCAAGUGACGAUGGCGAUGCGGACAGGUACAUGGACAAUGUGUUGAGUAACUACCUGCCCGAAAUUAUGAAGCGUGAUCACUUGCAAUACCCCGUGCUGCCUCCAUUCGACGUUAUGUUGCACGAAGACGACAAGCAGCCUAUCGCAUUCCACAAAGGCAUCCUUUUUGGCCUCAUGCAAGGGCUACGGCGUAGUGGGGACUGUGUGCCCCCAAAGUGGUUCAGAGCAAACGUAACCUUCGGCUGCUACCUAGGCAUUGACGACCUUAGGGCUCACUACGACGUGUCUUCCGAAAGGGAUGAGGACAAGAGGAAUUUCACGGCUGACCUUCUGGCGGAAAACACCAAAAUGUGGGUGCUACUCACCCAAAGGAAACCGAGACCAGUGUUCGUAAAAGUGCACAUGCAUCACCUGGACCUCACCGUGCACCUCUCCCACGAACCGAAGCUGGACAAGGAUAAGCUGAAGUGGUUCAUAAAUGCAGUGGACUUCAGUGUAGAGGGAAGGAUCACCGACUUGCUAACUGGUCCCUUUAGAACGGCGCUGGAAGAGUCAGUCAAGACAUUGCCGAUACCACUCCCUUCGUUACGUUGAACAAAUAAACGUCACUGCUAACGUG